CGGGAGACGAGAGAGGAGGUUGCAGAGCUUCAACUUCAAGUUCCAGAUCUGAGACAGUAGUGAGAGGACGGAAAGACAGCAGCAUCUGCGAGUAGGUACAGUACAUCGGUUGAUGGCAGUUUGUUGAUGCAUUCAUUUCAAUUCCAGAUUGCGAGAUUGCAACCGCAUCUUCUUUUAUCUACAAGGCCCGGAGAACGGAGAGGGCACAAAGGGGGAGUGCGCGCUGAUCGCUUUGAUUUGCAAGCAUGGCCGCCCCUACGCAGGUUUCUGUGAAUGAGGACCUGGUCAAGCUUCUCGAAGGAGAAAAAACCAAACUCUUGCAUAUCCCCCCCUCGGGAAGUUUCCAGAAGAAGUACAUGUUGCUGGAACGGAUGGUUGGACUCACGAGGCAGUAAGAGGGUACCUUACAAAGUCCUUCAGAUGUUGAAUUGCUUCCUGGGGCUACAAUGGAGAUGAAAAAGCUGUUUAAGAAAUUGCUGGAUGAGGUACUUAACCCUGCGUUUCUGCCGCAAUGGGGCAGCGGGGGGCAUGCGAUCCUUGUGGCAAUGCUGAAAGCCAGACAGCAAGGGAAGCUGGAAAUGCCCAUAGAACAUAUCAAAGAGGCUGCAGAGGCCACUCAUUUGUGCAAGCACAGCUUCUACAGCAAAGGGGGUCAAGCAUGGAAGGCGAUGUCAGAACUGGAAAGGGAGAAGCUGGUCGCCCGCAAGACUGGCGCAAUUUUGCACAAGCCCGGCUUGUACUUCACCAACGUGGCUGGGUCCCAGCACCAAUUGCGGCUUAGUGCGAAAGGCGUCAAGGCUGCUGAAAGAAUGUUAUUCUUGUCGGGGCCAAACCAAGGGACUGCCCCUGUGGAGAGUCCCCCGCCCACUCAAACUGGUCAGAGUCAAGUUCCGGUUGCGCCUCCGGCUCCCAUCAAGAAGCGGCCCAAGAAGAACAAUGUGGUUAAGCCUUCCGGAUUGCCUAGGCAAGUCAACCCAAGCAUUGGUUGGAACUUGCGCAAUUGGAUGAACCAGGCAAAGAAACGCCCGCGAGUCACUGCUUUUGACAAGAGUGGCACGGGUCCAGUCUUUGAAAAAAACGUGGUCAGAAAGUUGUUCCUGGACGAGAUCCAAGAAGAUGUGAAAGGGCAAGCUAAGGUUGAGGUUAAAAAAGAGGUUAAGAUUGAGAAAGAAGAGGGAAUAUCGUCCGAGUGGCCCAAGGUAGCCGCUCCUGGAACCUGGGCGCCUGUUAAGUUGGAGCAAGGCAACAUGAGGGCUGGUGCAACCGUGAAGAAGGAAGGUAGCGUUAUUGAGGGCAACGUUGAUUUGGGGUUCCUUGCUGCUCGCAACAUGGGGCAGCCUUCUUGGGGUGACGUCAAGAACGUGCGAGUCAAGAAAGAGGCGAUCUGAAAGCCGGGACGCCUCGAAGCUCUUGGUAGGUCAAUAUACGCAGCUUGUUGGAAGGCCUUCAAGUAAGGACAGUGAACAUCAAGGCGUGGCCCUUGGUAGCCUACUGUACAUACGGCUUUCGUUUUCCCGUGUGUUGGUUUGGUAACAAAAGCAGAGCUUGAAAGCAAAGUAGCGACUAGAAAGUUCAACUUUGCUUUUAUGGCGCUCGAUUACUGUGUGUGGAAGCAGGGGCCAGGCGCAGAGAUGCGGAAUCGUUCGGGAUUGACAGUAGUACCUACUUUUGUGUGUCUGUUUGUAAGUACUUCUAGCAAACAGGGGUGCCAAUAAAAGUUUGCCACUUCGCUUAUGUACAGCUAGCUUCGGAAGUGCAAUCAAUGUACGUUGAGAAAGUGUUGUAUCUGAGGGGUUGAAGUACGCACGUACUACAAUUAGCUUCAAUCAAGAAAGCAGAUUGCCCUCUUUAAGGGUCGUGCUAGCGUCAACCUAAACCUUCUCAGUUCGAGUCACCAUGAAACAGGCUAACCAGGGCUUCCAACAUCAAGACAAGGAAAUAUUGAAUUUCUGUAGUAUGGAAUCCGGAGC